GAAGAUCAAUAAACAAUACUACCAAGAAGUAAACACUAGAGCUUAUCGUGUGUAAUUGUGUAAUAUAAUAUACAUAGACAAUGUUCAUAGUUAGUGCACUUAACAAAGCAUGGUCCUAGUUCUGUCUUACUCAGAUUGCCACCUUCAAGAAGCCUGCUUUUCUCAGUGGAUCAACACGUCAAACAACACUUUACCAAGCCAAGGCAGGUGGACACUACAACAGCCAAGUGUAAUCCCAAUUCCCACACUUUGUUGCUGGUAACCUCUUCUUUUUGUUUUCUUCUUCUUCUAUAUGUAAAAGGGCCACAACAGAAGGAGAUAGAGUGAUCAUAGAAAAAUAAAAUAUAGAACACUAUUAGGAAGUGCAGAAAUGGAUGAAGAAAGACGAGGGCUUGUGAAAAAGCGAAGUCCAGCUGGAAACAAACUGCCGCUAACGGUGGAUGAAGUAGUGGAGGAAUAUGUGGGAUCAUUUGGAUUCUCACAGCUUCUACAGGUUUUCUUGGUGUCACUGGCUUGGAUAUUUGAUGCCCACAGCACUCUUGUCACCAUUUUCACUGAUGCACAGCCGGAGUCGUGGCGCUGCAUUGCCCCGCAGUGUGGUGGUACUGGCGGGCAGAGUGGUGGAGUUGGUGCUGAUGCUUCUGUUUGUCGGUUGAAGCCAGGGACCUGGGAGUGGAGUGAUGGUAAUGCAAGCUCCAUAAUUGCUGAAUGGGGGCUGGUUUGUGACCGCAGAUUUCUUGCUGCUCUCCCAGCAUCAGUCUACUUUCUUGGUUCCCUUAUAGGCUCCGCAGUUUUUGGUUGCCUGGCUGAUGCAUUCUUGGGAAGGAAAAGAUCAGUGCUUAUUUCAUGUCUUCUAACUUCUGCUACUAUCUUCCUCACUUCGCUCUCCCCCAAUAUAUGGAUUUAUGCUCUUCUCCGUUUUGCUAAUGGAUUUUCCCGGGCGGGCAUUGGCAUAUGCUGCCUUGUCCUCUCCACAGAAGCCGUUGGCCGGAAAUGGCGUGGCCAAGUAGGCCAAUAUGGGUUUUUCUUCUUUGCAGCAGGGUUCCUUUCAAUUCCCUUGAUUGCUUAUCCAACCAGAACUUGCUGGAGAAACUUGUACAAGAUUAUCUCAUUUAUCCCUCUUGUUUACUCAAUCUUUAUACUUCUACCCUUUGUAUCAGAGUCCCCAAGGUGGCUUCUUCGCAGAGGUCGAAGUGAGGAAGCUCUUGAAGUGUUGAAAAGAUAUGCAAGAAUCAAUGGGAAGGAAUUGCCUCUAAAUAUCUCUCUCCUAGAACCAUCUGGCAAUGAGAAAAACUUGGCUGCAGGUGAAGGAGAAAAUAACACCUCCACCAUUGAGAAACUGUGGAAUACUAGAUGGGCUGCCAAGAGGAUGUCCAUGGUCAUGCUCACAGGUUUUGGGAUUGGUUUCGUGUAUUAUGGGGUUCAACUCAAUGUUGAGAACCUCAACUUCAACCUCUAUUUCGCCGUUGCCAUAAAUGCAAUGAUGGAGAUUCCAGCCGUUUUCAUAGGCAGCGUGCUGUUGAGCUUCAUGAAUCGUCGCCUGCUCUUCUCCUCAUCAGCAGUUCUCGCCGGGAUUUCUUGCAUCUCCUGCAUUAUUUUUUCAAGCACAGAAGACAAGAAUGUGGAUAAAUUGUCAAUGACAGAAAGAGGGAGCUUGCCUCAGCUGAUGAUCGAGGCACUCGGUUUUAUGGCUGUUUCAACUGCAUUUGAUGUGUUGUACAUCUACUGUGUGGAACUUUUCCCAACAAAUGUCAGAAACUUUGCUGUUUCUAUGCUGCGGCAGACACUGAUGUUGGGGGCUUCAGUUUCUUCUCUGGUGGUUGUGUUUGGGAGAUUGAGUCCAUCUGUUUCUUUCCUUGUAUUUGGGGUGCUAUCCAUUGUCAGUGGAUUCUUCAGCAUGUGGCUGCCUGAAACCAGGAAUUUUCCUCUCUAUGAAACCUUGGAGCAACAAGAAGAGGAAGAAAGAUUGGACUGUGGGCGUGGAGAGUCUGGAGAAUUGGGGAGGGACCUUGACAAGAAGGUAGAAUUGAAAAUGUAUGAUUAAAAACUGUAGGAACUCCUUGAAGAAAUGCCAAAUAUUAGUCUAUGUUCUUGACUAAAUUUGUACUAGUUCCAAAAUUUUGGCCUAUUCUCCUAAAGUGGAUAACAAAUACUGAAA